UUACAUUUUAGAAAACAAAUUAACAAGACGCAAAACACUUUUACCAGUCCCGAAACAAAUUUACAAAUGACAGAUUCGUCACGGAAAGGGAAUGUACCAUAUACCGGAAGUGACGAGCGUGGUCUUUUCGUGUUUUUGUUGUGGAGUUUAUGGCGUCAAAGAAGUUUAUGGUGACCGCCCGAACAUGGACUGCGGCCGAGGGAUGUUUUGCCCGUUUUGUGGCAAACACAUGAACAGCUUAACGCGGUUUUGCUUUACGUGUGGUCGGUGUUUGGAGUUUUUAAAGGACGCGGACAAGACGGAAACAUUGGAAACACAGGGGACGUCUCGACAGCCGGACAGUGCUAUGCAAAAACAACCAUGCCCAUCAUACAAACAGUUCAUGGAGUACAGAAGCUCGAAAUCAAAAGAACGACAGUCUUUUAACUAUGGGCCAAAAGGAAGAUAUAGGCCUAAAAAGAAAACACGUCCAGAUAAACGUAGGAUUGAUGGUGCCAAGUGGAACUGAUUUAAAACCUCUAAGAGGGAAAACACUACAGUUAUUUACAGACCCAGAGGUAGCAGCACCUGAUCUACUGAAACAAGCUGUCCAGAAAAUGACAACAUUUAACAAGGACAUGCACGAAGGACCUUAUGUCCUUUUGUAUCCAGACUGCUCAGAGGUGGUUCAUGUGCCUGGGUCAGAAAGGCCAUUCAAAUUGGCAGAAUAUAAAAAGGAAAUAGGAAAGGCAUAUUCCAGGAUCACUUUUUUCAUUUGCCUAGAAAAACACUAUAAAAGAGUGGAUGAUACCUCAGACUCUGAUUCUGAAAUUGUCAUCACAACAAGGAGCACAGCUGAACUCAAUCGUGCUGACACUUUGGUUUUUGAACCACAAAAUCGAAGUACUCCCAAACACAAGCUGGACGAUGAAAGAGAUGCACCAGGACAAUCAACAAUUCUGCCUGGACAGAUAGUAAUAUCUGAUGCUGAGGAUCUGGAUCCACCGGAAGCAAAUCCAGAAAAAAUGUCUUGCUACAGUAAAUACACAGACCUGUAUUCACCAAAUGUUGAGCAGGAGGACGAAGAGCCGGUUGCUGUCAAUGUGAAGAAUUUCCAACACACAGCAAUGGAGGAGACGGACAUUGCAUUACCUGACAUCGUAGCAAACCUGUCUCUUCCUAUUGAUCAUAAAAAAGUCAGCCGGUUUAACAUCUCAAGGGAUAAUGUUUGGGAUGGGGCAGUCAGAGGUUUCAAGCGUACAACAUAUUCUGAAACCUGUGACAUGCUGGUGAAAUUUACUGAUGAUACUGGUGUUCUGGAAGAGGGAAUUGACACUGGUGGUCCAAGACGAGAGUUUUUAACUCUACUGAUGAAACACCUAAAAGACCGGCCCAUUUUUGAUGGACCAGAAGGACAUCGGUUCUUGGUCUACAAUGCAAAGGCUGUUAGGGAGGAUGAAUACUACUUGGCAGGAAAGAUGAUUGCUGUGUCAGUUGUGCAUGGAGGUCCAGGACCCCAUUUCCUGUCAGAAGAUCUUGUACAUUAUCUUGCAGGCCAGCCUUCAUUCAAAGCAACAAAUAAUUUAAUAACUGAUGAAGAAAUAGGGAAAGCUUUGCAAGAGAUUGAGAAUGCUGCUUCAUUGGAUGCUCUGCAAGAAUGUAUGAUGAGACACAGCACAAUGUUACAGACAGCAGGUUGUCUGAGACAUGUGGCUACUGUGGAAGAAAAUAAAGAAAUCGUGUCAGACUACCUCCAAUGGUAUAUCAUUGACCGCAACUCAUCUGUAAUUGACAGAUUCAGAGAUGGUCUUUCAACCCUGGAGUUUUUGACUGCACUACAGCAACACCCUACUUUGCUGGCCCCUGUCAUGUGCCACUCUGAAAGGCGACUCACUGCUUUUGAACUUGAGAGACUCUUCAAACCUGACCUCAGUCCUUCGGGGAGUAAUCGAAGACUUAAAGAAAGUCAAACCAUGGCCUACUGGGCAGACUAUUGUCGUAUCGGGUGAAUGGUGGCAAUUAUUGCUGUCAACAAAGAGUCCG